AUGCGCGGCGAAAUCUGUCAUAUUCACCUCGGCCAGGCUGGUAUCCAGUUAGGCAACGCCGCCUGGGAGCUUUACCUUCUCGAACACGGCAUUUCGCCUGAUGGCCAUAUAAAUCCCAAUCCGGCCGACGAGAUUGGCCUUGACAGCUCUCAUGAGACGUUUUUUACCGAAACUGGAAAUGGCAAAUACGUGCCUCGGUCAGUCUUUGUUGACCUUGACCCUUCGCCCAUUGACGAAAUACGCACUGGUAUUUACCGCCAUCUGUUCCACCCGGAUCAGCUGAUAAGCGGAAAGGAAGAUGCCGCCAACAACUUUGCUCGUGGCUACUACACCGUCGGAAAGGGACUCAUUGACGGCGUUGCUGACCGGAUUCGCCGUAUAGCCGAUAACUGCUCCUCCCUUCAGGGAUUUUUGAUCUUCCACUCUUUUGGUGGUGGGACCGGCUCUGGUUUCGGUGCGCUUUUGCUAGAGCGUCUUUCUGCUGAGUAUAGCAAGAAGUCGAAGUUGGAGUUCGUUGUCUACCCUUCUCCCCGCGUGGGAACUGCUGUGGUAGAACCCUACAAUGCCGUUCUGUCCACACAUGGCACUAUUGAGAACUCUGAAUGCACUUUCCUCAUCGACAAUGAGGCUGUCUUUAGUAUCUGUAAGCGCAACCUGGAUAUCCCUCGCCCUGGGUAUGAGCACCUCAACCGACUUAUCGCCCAGGUUGUUAGCUCUAUUACCUCUAGCUUGCGUUUCAAUGGUGCCCUCAACGUUGAUUUGAAUGAGUUCCAGACCAAUCUCGUGCCGUUUCCACGGAUUCAUUACCCUCUCGUUUCAUAUGCUCCUGUCAUCUCUAGCAACUGCAGCGGCCACGAGAGCUUCAAGACCAAGGAUAUAACCUUACAGUGCUUCGAACCUAACAACCAGAUGGUUAUCUGCAAUCCUAACAAUGGCAAGUAUAUGGCUGUGGCUCUUCUAUACCGGGGGGACGUGGUACCACACGAAUGUUCACAGGCUGUGGCCGAAGUUAAGGCCAGGUCUUCUUUUAACCUCGUCGAGUGGUGUCCAACUGGCUUUAAGCUUGGAAUCAAUCACCACAAGCCUAUGAGUGUACCAGAGAGCGAGCUAGCUUCAGUUGACCGCUCGGUCACGAUGCUCUCCAACUCAACCGCCAUCGCGGAGGCCUGGGGUCGUCUCGACCACAAGUUUGACCUCAUGUACUCUAAACGUGCCUUCGUCCACUGGUAUAUAGGUGAGGGCAUGGAAGAAGGCGAAUUCCUCGAAGCUCGGGAGGACCUAGCGGCUCUGGAGAAAGACUACCAGGAGAUUGCCGAUGACACUUUUGGCUCGGACGGAAAUUUGGAUUUUGAAUACUGA